GGACUUUAUCCCGCUGGCACGCGAUGGCAGGUACAGUUGAAACCCUUCGUGCUGACGCGACAUUACACGUCGAACUCCACCCCACUGGCACUUCAUCUGACGGCCACGACGACCACAAUGUUGUUCUGCAUGAGCCCCCUCUCGAUUUGGCGCACCCUGCCGAGUCGCACUCUGUGCAACCACACCACGCGGGGGCGACAACGACCAAGAAGAAAAAUCGUCCUCCCAAAGAACAGUCAAAACAGCUUCGAGACAGUGCGUCCCUCUCUACGCUGGCCAAAGAAUUACUACCCCCCCGCAGCCGAAAGAAACACCCGUACCCAGCCUUCCGGUCAACGUGUUUCACAGACAAGAUGCUCCAGCCCGUGCAUUACGACAGCAAACUCCGGUCGUCCAUGGGCACUGAGGCCGAAUCCAGGCGGACGUGGAGCACUUCUGGCCCAAGGAUGGGCUGUGAGCCACGGCUAGACGACUUGAAGCACAGCGUCAUGUAUACGCCCAGUUUAGACCGCGUGUACGAUACGACCGUGCAAACCAUGAGCUACCGCGUGCACAUGUCGAUGUGGGGUUCGUCGAUGUGGGACACCUCCGAGCGUUUCCAAGAAGUCCCUCGAACAGCCCCAACAGUCGGACCGGGCUCGUACAAUUCAGCCCCUUCAGCAUGGGAUCAAGAAACCAAGCACCCUCGUCCAUUCCCCGUGUUCCCCUACAGCCCUCAACGAGUCGUCACACCCUCCUCGAAAUUGCUCUCGUCCCCAAACCAAGUUUUAUCCACCCCAAUGACAUCGCUAGAAGGUUGGAAGCUUUCGUCAGAAAAAACUGUUUCUGCCCGUCCUGCGUUCGACAAAGCUCCUAGAAAGACAUGGGUGGACUGGGAAUCCACCAAAGCAGACCGCAUGCGGAAGCGGACACCGUCCACACCAACCCUAGCGCUGCCAAGUUUUGUAUCGGGGAUGCGAACGGGGGCCUGUCGAUCCCCCCCCAAACAUAGCGUCGGGACCUAAUUCAACGAAAAUUCCGUGUUA